ACGUGGCAAAGGUACCUGUGUAUUGGUUAGGUAAUAUAAGAACUUGAGUAUACCCCGGGAACGAUUUUCGUCAUGUUUUCUUCUGGAUCACUGGGUUUUCAACAAGGGUCUAAUAACACUGUCCUGGAGCUGCGGACCAUCUCAAAGAAUAGAAUGAGUGGCAACACAGUGUUGGAAGACCCAGGAAUACCUCUAGUAAACAGGCGGAACGGGAAAUACUCAAAAUACGUAGAGGACGACGGUCAAAGCACGGCCACCGGAACCUCAGUCAUGACGUCAAAGUUUGAUAACAUCAGCUACCGUCUGAGUCGAAGGAAAGUUUUACUGCGCUACAGGACAAUCAUUGUUAAUCUAGAGUUCACUUUCGCUCUUAUAGGAAUUGUUCUAAUGCUCGUAGAAACUGAAUUAUUUUUCCAAGGUGUGAUUACCAAGUCUUCUAUCACGUCAAUCGUCCUCAAGUCGUGCAUUUCUCUCUUUACGGUUUUUCUUUUGAUUGGUGUGAUUGGAUAUCACGUGACUGGUAUACAACUUUGUAUGACGGAUAAUAGUCUGGAAGAUUGGAGGUUGGCCGUCAACUUUCCAUGGACAUACUUAAAAAUAUUACUUGAACUGGCGGUGUGCAUCAUACACCCUAUACCGGGGAACAUAUCAGUGUCUGCGAUUGAUCCGGAUGGGAAAACCAGAGAAGUUUCAAUCGACGCCAUUUUAUCAAUCCUCAUGCUUAUGCGAGUAUACUUGCUCAGUAAAUUCAUGGUAGUUCAUAGCAAACUAUUAACGAGUACGGCAACACAGAGUCUUGGUGCGCUGAAUAAGGUUAAGAUAAAUUCAACAUUUGUAUUCAAGGCACUGAUGUCUUCGAUGCCAGGGACAGUAUUAGUGGUGAUAAUGCUGGCCAUUUUGGUUGUAAAUUCUUGGGCCAUGCGAACUUGUGAAGCAUACUACCAUCCAGAUGCCAAAAAUUCAAAUUUCUUUAAUGAUAUGUGGAUGAUUGCAAUAACUUUCCUAACUGUGGGGUAUGGAGACGCUUAUCCUAAUAGUUACUGCGGAAGAUUUGUUUCCGUAGCAACAGGUUUAAUGGGCGUCGGAACAACGGCCCUACUUGUCGCCGUUCUUGCGCAGAAAUUGGAGCAAUCACGCGCAGAGAAAUACGUCCACAAUUUUGUCACCAGGGCUCAAUUGGACAAGGAGAGGAAAAUCGCUGCAGCUGACACGAUCAAGUAUGUACUGCAGCUAUGGAGAAUGAGGAAAAAUAAUGAGAACAAUGGAAGAAAACGAAUUCGAUUACACGGGAAGUUGCUGCAAGCAAUAGCUGCAAUGAAGGAAGCUAAAAAUGAGAAGGCCUCAAUAGGAGAAACCGCUAUCGGUUUUAUUGAAAUUGCAAAGAGUGUUAAUGACAUUGUAGAACUGUCAGAAACGCUCCAAGACACUCAAUCUGAACUGAAAACGAAAAUGACAGAAAUAGAUUCCACGAUAAAAGAUCUACAAGCCAAAAUGGAUGCCAUUUAUAAUGCAGUUGUAAGAUGAUGAUCACGUGAUCCUAUGCCAUGUGACAUGUCACGUGACACUAUACUAGACUAACAGCUUUCUGGGUGGUGGUAGAGUUGUCUAGAUUGUAGGUUUCAGAAUGAUUGAUAUACUGACUUUACUAACAACCGAGCUAAAGUAUCCUUAGUUCAAAACUCCUGUCUCGCAUUCUACGCAAUCGGGAU